UGUAAAACUUUUAGACACCUUAAGAAACUAUAUUUUUAUUUUAAAUUUCAAAAUAAUGAAAUUAACUAAAGUCAAACAAAAAAAAUAAGGUUAAGUUGUCAGUGAGUGAAUUUCCAAGUUCCGUCACUCUUCCAUUUCCAUUUUGAUAAUUUGAUUUCAAGUAUUCAUUUGCGAUCUAAAACUUAAAACAGAUUUUGUUUGUUGUUUGCAAAAUUUUUGGAAGAGGUAAAUGAUUUAAAUCACAAUGCUCGGUCACGGCCGUAACAGAUUUGGAGGUUUUCGACUCCCUCAAGGUGUUGGUAUGGAUGCUCCCAAGACAUCUGAUAUUGUCCUAAUCUCUGGGAAUUCUCAUCCAGAGCUUGCCAACUUGAUACACAAGAGGCUUGGUGUUAAGUCCAGUGGAUGUGCUGUUUAUCAUAAGUCAAAUCGUGAAACUAUGGUACAAAUUGGCGAUUCCAUUAGAGGCAAGGACGUGUAUAUCAUACAAACAGGAGCCAAAGAUGUGAACAAUAACAUCAUGGAAUUGUUAAUUAUGGCAUAUGCUUGCAAGACGUCUUCGGCAAAGUCAAUCGUUGGAGUGAUCCCUUAUUUGCCUUACAGUAAACAGUGCAAAAUGAGAAAGAGAGGGAGUAUUGUAACCAAGCUUGUGGCUCAAAUGAUGGUAAAAUCUGGAUUAACACAUAUUAUAACGAUGGAUUUACAUCAGAAAGAGAUCCAAGGAUUUUUUGACUGUCCUGUUGAUAAUUUAAGAGCCAGUCCAUUUCUUCUUCAGUAUAUACAAGAAAGUAUUCCCGAUUACCGCAAUUCUGUCAUAGUUGCUCGUAAUCCGGCUGCCACAGCUAAAGCCACUUCUUACGCUGAACGUCUCCGCCUUGGUAUAGCCGUUAUUCAUGGUGAACAGAAAGAAGCAGAAUCCGAUGAAGUGGACGGUAGGUAUUCUCCACCAACUAUCCCAAGAUCUCGUACUAUGGAUGCUGGAGUGGGAGUGCCAGUACAUAUUGCCAAAGAGAAACCACCAAUAAACGUAGUCGGAGACGUUGGAGGACGUAUUGCUAUUAUGGUGGAUGAUUUGAUUGGCGACGUUCAGUCUUUUGUGGCAGCUGCAGAGGUUUUAAAAGAACGCGGUGCAUAUAAGAUAUAUGUUCUUGCCACACAUGGUCUUCUUUCUUCUGAUGCUCCUAGGCUUAUUGAGGACUCCCCUAUCGAUGAGGUCGUGGUCACAAAUACCAUCCCUCACGAACUACAAAAAAUGCAGUGCCACAAGAUUAAAACCGUAGACAUCUCAAUACUGUUGUCGGAGGCUAUUAGAAGAAUCCACAACAAGGAAUCUAUGUCGUAUUUGUUCAAAAAUGUCACUCUUGAAGAUUAAGUAUAAUAGAUUAGAAUGUAUAUCCUUAGGCAUUUUAGGAAUGCAUUUUUUUUAUUAUUUGGACAAGUAUUUUAUUUGUAUUUUGAUUUUACUAUAUCAAUUAUUUAGUUAGUAUUUUGAUUUUAUAUUUCAUGAUGUUUUCCUAUUCAUAUUGAACUCAGAACUGUGCUUGUUACUGUAACCAUUAUAUUAUC